AUGGAGGCCGACUGCGAAGUGCCUGUGACCGGUGCCGACAGCGGAAGAUUCGUUGUGAUAGAGCCAAACCGGCCUGCGAGGCUUGUCAUUUUGCCUCCACUCCUUGUAUAUUUACUCCGCUACCGAUCCAGCCGCGGAAAUCGGUCCGCGAGUAAGUUGCAAGACACUAGAGCUGAAGUUCGCCGAUUGGAAGAGGCCUUGAGAGCGGAGAGGGGUUCCCGUCAGAGUUCCAGUCCCAGUCUCCAGCAAUCUCCCGGGCUCGUCAAUGAUCUCUUCGAUUCUCGUGGCUUCGACGUGACGUUGAAAGCUUUUCGGUGGCACCUUGCAUACUGCACGCCUGGGUUCGCUGCGUCAAUUCAGACCGAUCCCACGUUCGACCUGGAGGAGCUGUUCGACCGGGUGGCGGAUACAUUCGACUUGCAGUUCCGCACAAAACCUGCCCGAGUAGUCUUGCCAAAAUGGCCUCCAUACCGCCUGAUCGAGUCCUCUCUGGAAUACUUUAAGAGUAACAGAUUGUACUCAAUCCAUCCGGUUGUUGACAUCGAUGCACUGGGCUGUCUACUGGACACUUCCGAUCUCGAUGACUCCGGGACUGCGACUAUGGCCGACUGGGCCUGUUUAGCAGCCUUGACGGCAAUGAUUACUAGAAUUCGUCGGCAAGAGCCUGCAUUUGCUGAUGCGGAUCCCGAUGCUUACGUGCAAGCAGUGCUUUCCGUGUUACCACAGUUGAUAAUGGAACAUACAAACGUCCGAGCUCUGGAAGCUUUGAUUAUCCUCGCACUCUAUAUCGCCCCUUUGGGUCAACCGCAAACAGCAGAAACACUACUCGCUAUGGCUGUGCGUAUCCUCUUCAAUCUGGGGGCACACAAAGCUAAGGCGACUUAUGAAACUGCUGCCCAGAAGCAUCAACAUCAGCACUUGCGGGCUCUGUUCUGGACCUUUUAUGCCGUGGAUAAAGAAAUGUCGCUUCGAAAAUGUCAACCGCCGAUGAUCAAUGACGCUGACUGCGACUUGACUCUACCCGAUAAGUAUGUUGCACAGUCGUCUGAGCACCAGUUCUUCACGUCUGAGUUGUCACCCAAAGAGCUGCUCUAUCCCUCGGAUCUACGUCUCGCUAUGCUCAAAUCAAAGGUGUAUCAUUUGCUCUAUUUUGAGCAAAGUUUGAGCCAUUCAAGAGCCAGACGACUUCAGCUCAUCCGCGAACUAGACCAGGAAUUGACUGACCUGAAGGCGCAUUUUCCCGCUGCUUGUAAGCCUGAUGCCGUUGUGAGCGGAAACGUGCCAAAUUACCUUAUCCAUGAUCUCAGUUUACGGGGCGUGAAUGUGCAUCUCGAGUACUACCACUGUCUUUCUAAGAUUCACGGUGCGAGCGCCAUCGGCACCCCGGUUCUGCAGAGUCUGUCUCCUCCAUCUACAAGUAUGGAGUUAUGUUAUCAGGCGGCACGAUCCACUUUGAUAUAUCUGCGUCGAAUUCGCCAUUUGAUCUUCCCUGAAACAUUCUGGAUAUAUGCGCAAAUCCUUCUGACCUCAAGUAUUUCACUCUACAUUCGCAUACUAUCGGCUCCCAAACAGUGCGGAGUCAGUGAUGAUAUGCAGCUCCUAGAGAGCACAAUCGAUGUAUUUCACCAGCUAAAUUAUGUCAAACCAAGCAAGCGUUUUCCGCCCUUCGUUAUCAUUGAAGCUUUCAUCCAAAAAUUGACAUUUCUGGCCGAGCAAUCUCUGUUGGAAGCUGCGGACUAA